AUGUAUUCUUCAAUGUUUAUCUACUUUUUUUCAUUGAUAUCAAUAAUUAUUUGUGAAAAACCUGGUUCAAAUGUGAUGACAUUAGCAACAUGGAAUAUUGGUUUAGAAGAAGAACAAGCAUUUGAACGAACACCAUCGAUUAUUAAAGCUAUUCGUGAGAAAAAUGUCGAUAUUCUUUGUUUACAAGAAGUAUGGGGUGGUCCACAAAUUUUACGUCAAAUUUAUCAAUCUGUUAAAGAUAUUUAUCCUCAUUUUGAAGUCGUAAAUGAUGAUAUGCGUGAUUAUAUUCGUAGUGAUUCAUUACCUACACAAACAUACAGUCCUGCUUGUUCAGCUUCGGAUAUAACGAAUGUACAAAUUUGUCUUUUUACACACUGUUCUAAUGUUACUGAUUCAGUACUAUUUAUAUGUGCCACAACUCAAUGUGCAACACAAUUUGUAGCUCCUUAUACGAAUUCAAAAUGUUGGUCGUGUAUUUUUGAUCGAUUUAUAAGUCGUAACGAUCCAUUAGGCUUGAAUUAUUGUGGUGCUAUUAAUUUACCUAAAUUGAUUAGUACUUCACCGGGUAUUAUUCCUAAUUCUACUGAAGCUCCUUGGGGUCAUUCAAUUGGUCUUAUGAUAUUAGCAAAACAACGAUAUCCAUUAAAGAAACUAGCCAGUAGUUUAUAUUCAGAAUUUUAUAUUGCACCUCGUGGUUAUAUUAUUGUUAGUCAAGAAAAGAAACAGUUAAUUAUUGC